CAGUAACAAACCUUACUUUUCUUAAAUAGGCCUACUAGUGCAAGAAGAUCGAAUUGGUGUUAUGUUUACUUGAGGUGUUUUAUAGUAGGCUCUGAAUUCAAUUUAUAAAUUAAUCAGUCAUGUCGUCCUUAGAAAACCUAACCGAUGGCGAAAUUCGCACUAAACUGGCACAGUUGGGAUACCCUGUUGGUCCUAUUACGGCCACUACACGGAAGGUAUUACUCAAGAAACUUAAACAUCUUAUGGAAGAAGGUAAAUCUCCUGGGAGUUUAAAGAAAGAUCGUUCAAGUUUAACUAAGUAUAGUUCAGAUGAGAGUGAAGACGACAGCGUUUCGAACACUCGCAACCGGCGUUCUAUGCCGCCGCCUCCUCCCAAGAAUGCUCAGAAGCCUACUACAGUGAAACGUAGAUCACUAAGCCGCAGAUCACAAGAUUUAGAAGAUGAUACCAUAAAUCUAGGGCUAGAUGACGAAAGUGUCAAUUCAGACUUUCCCACUCCCUCGGCUAGUAGCACAUUUAAUUCUUCAGAACUAAUAUCUGGUUCUAGGUCUUCAGCGAAUAAAUACUCUCCCAAAAAUGUAAUUGCGCCUAUCAAUCACAAAACAUCUCCUGACAAUCAUAGGCGCAAUAAUAAUUCUGCUUUUAGUUCUUUUUCAACAAAUUUUCAAUCUAGAUUUAGUACUCAGAAACAAGAUGCAUUUGAUACUGGAUCUGACACGGAUGGUAUUGAUGAAGUUGAAAGCACCCAUCCGUCUCCCAGCAAAACUAAGAAUUCUUACUCAUCUUACAUACCAAGCAUUGGUGGUUCUACUGUUGCAUCCAAAACGAGAUCAAGGUUUCAACCGCAGUCUUUUACUUCUGGUAAUGAUUACCCAAGAUUUUCACCCAAGAGCGUUGUCAACACUGAUAAUAAUAGCCAAAGUUCACCAUUCAGCUCAGAUUUUGUACGACGUCUAGCUGCAGCUUCAGCCAACAAAUCAGGCUCAGGACUUCCCCCUCGCUUGCUGGACGUUAAGGAAAGUGAUGACGAAGACUCAAGUUCAACACGCAUAUUUGCACAUCAGAGCCAAUGGAAUUCAAAAAAAGGAGCUACAUCUUCGUUGGAGGGGAAGAUCUGGCGGAAUGCAACAACAGUGUCAAUGGUGCUCUUAUUCAUUGUCGCUAUUUUCUUCUGCGCUGUUGGCGUAAUGUACCUUAAUGUCCGCUUUAAGGAAACACCAAUAACCACUACAGAAACAAAUUUUCCGGUUUGUAAGCACGGAGAAAAACCUGGGGCAACAUGCAUUUUAAACAAUGAAAUCCAGCAAACAAUGAAGAUGUUCAGAGAAGUUUAUGAAGUGUUGAAUGAGAAGGCUGUACAGUUUGCCUGUGGGAGUGAUUUAAUCUCUUCUGCAUUAUCUGAAGAGCAAAUAACACAGCUCCUGGUGGUUAAACUACAAGAGAGUGUAUGGCAUAUUGAGAAACAUUUCGGCAACAUUCGAGUGCUGAUUGGAGCCAACCCUCAGUGGGGGGUGGAGGUGAAGGAGACAAACCUAGUGCGAGAGUACAACCUCCCCUCCCCCAGUCUCCCUCUAGGCUGCUAUCUGUACAGUGUGUUCUACGGAAUUGUCGGGUCGGCAUUACGCUUAGUUGUCGUGUUGGGUGUUCUAUUGGGUAUGGUCAAGGCAGGCUACUGGUGGAUGGAUCGGCAAGAGCGCAAUCGCCAACAGGUGUUCAAGAUGGUGGAGAACAUAAUUGAGAUACUCAGCACACAUCAACAGAGCAGUGCAGGAGACAACUACCUUGCCAUCAGCCAUGUCAGGGACCAGUUGAUCGCUCCACAUCAGCGAGACAAGAUGGCCGCUGUGUGGGACGCUGCUGUCUCUUAUCUGGAGGAGAAUGACUCCCGAGUACGGACGGAGGUACAGCAGGUGGCGGGAGAAGAGUUUCGUGUGUGGCGGUGGCUCCCUGGCCCCAAACCCAACGGUAAACGCAAGGUCUGGCAAGGACAAGCGUUUGAGACAAUGGAAGGAAGUGUAAACUCUCUACCUAUCAGCCCGACUCCGUGUCUCAAGAUCCGUCAUAUGUUUGACACUGAUGUAGAGGUAGGAGAAGACUGGAUGACCCGUGUACAAGACGCCAUAUUAGAGAAGUGUGAGGGAGUGAAUGUGCUGCACAUCGCUGUAGACAAGAAUUCCAACGAAGGAUGUGUGUAUGUCAAGUGUGCCUCUCCUCAGGAGGCUGGCCGCGCCUACAGAGCCCUCCACGGAUCCUGGUUUGAUAGCAAGUUAGUGACAGUGAAAUACCUUAGACUGGAAAGAUACCACGAGAGAUUCCCUGAAGCUACUCGAGCUUCUAGACCUUUGCGACCCUCUAACGACCGAAAACUCUCACUUCAGUGAUGUAGGAUGUUCGGUGGCUUACAAGACAAGUGCACUUACGCUACCCGUCGUUAUCGUUACAAUCAAAGUCUGACGGAUGGGAGGAGAGAUAUUGUAACUAAUGUUCUUUAAUUUUAACCACAAACUUAACUAAAUGUACAUUUGUUAUGAACAAUGAAUGACUUAAGCUUCAUAUUUUAUUGGGUAACAUAAAUUUUAGGAUAGACAUAAUGUUAUUUUAAUAUAUUGAAUUUGAAAUUGUAGUAGUGAAAUGUUUUUAAUGAGACAAUACUGUUAGUAGAACGUUUAACUUGCUUUGUUCUUCCAAUGUUAAACCAUAAAGUGUUUCUUAUUGUAACUUCUUGUAAAUAUUGUUGGAGUUGUUUCUAAUUUAUUCCACAUCUUUUUAGUUGUAAUUCUAAAAAUUGAUGUUAUUUUUGUAAUGAGUUUUUUUUUGUAAAAGUUGUAGUUCUUACUAAUGUGUUUGUUACUUUUCUAAUAAGACUAGACUGUAGUUGUUGAACCGUCAUUUAUUUUUGUGAACUUUUAAAUUAUUAA